AUGAGAACUGUUGAUGAUGAGGAUCGAUUUGAAGUGAUUUUGAAUACAAAUACAUAUAGUGUUUCUGUUGAACUGAUAGCCACGGCUUUGAAAUUGCCCAAUGAUGGAAAUAGAAUUUCCACACAUAAGGAUGUUGCUCGGGUGGCAGGAUUCAAUCUGGUUGAGUUUGAAAAUGAGGUGUUCCCUGCUAACACUGCCAAAAAUGAGAAGUCCACUAGCACAAAGGCACUUCAACAUAUCAAAAUCAUUCACAGUAUGGUGAACUAUAUUUUCUGUCCUAAAUCUGGCAGUUAUGGGUAUUUGAGUCACUUGGACAUGUGUAUUAUGUGGCAUAUUGUGAAUAAAGUUAGGUUGAAUCUAGCUUAUUUAAUUUUCAAAAACAUGUGCAAAGCUUAUGGGAUUGAAAAACUGCAGUAUGCACACUUUCUGUCUGCUAUGUUUAAAGAGCUACAUGUGAAUGUUUCUAAGGAAAGCUCUCGGGCUGACUUGAUAGUGCUUAGAGAAAUACAUUCAGACACUGAUGGGAGAAAGACAAGAUUUGAAAAGGGUGGUUCCUCCUCUGCUAAGGUUGAUUCUGAAUCAGCUAGUACAGUUUUGAGUGAAAUUCAAGGGAUAAAAGCUACUGUUAAUGAACAUUUUAGUUCAACAAAUCAGUCCCUUGACAUUCUCAGAAAAUUUGUGGAUGUGGUUGACUAUAAAGUGAGUCACCUGCUCACUCAAAAUGAGGAGUUAAAGAAGCUGAUUAUGGAUCUUCAGCAGGCCAAGGAAAUUGGAGUUCCAACUAAAGUUGAGGCUGCUACUCAAGUUUCUGCUGAUAAGGGAGAAAGCAACAAAGUUGAAGAGUCUCCUGCUGCUAUGGCAUAUGAAAGUGGCCAAGUAGCUGAACCUGACCUUGAACCUGUAGUGGAUGCCCAUGUUGAACAUGCUAGUGACCAGGUCCUUGAACCUGAGAUUGGUCCUACAGCUGAUGUACCUACUGAACCUACACAACACCAGGAAACCUCUUUCAAAGAUCACCAAGCUAGUGCUCAAACUCAGCUAUCUGCAGCUGCUGCCCCUGCAGCCAAGAAAGGUAAGAAAAGGUACAAGUCCACUAUGUCCAAUCCCUAUCAGACGUUAGCUGCUGCUCUUGAACCUCCUUCUGAAGAAGAUGAGCCCGAGAAAGAUGAUCAAGUGGCUGACCAAGCACCUCUGGCCCCUGUUAUUAAACUGCCUAGGAAGAAAAUGGUGCCUUCAAAAUCCACUCGCAGGAGUAAAAGACUUAAAUAG